AGAGAGAGAGAGAGAGAGAGAGAGAGAGAAUGCAAAAGCAUCUCUCUUUCUGGGAUCUCUGAUCAAUAUUAAUCUAGCAUGAAAGAAGACUCUAAUCAAUGAUAUAUUUCUUUUAUACAUUGGUUAUUCUUCCAUUUCAGGUUUAACAUAUAUAUACAUAUCUCAGACCACAGUGUUUUUUUUUCCCUUAUAAAUCCGUCACUUCUCCUUCAUCUUCUGCACAAAUAUUGUGAUGAGCCGCCUUCGAGCAUUUUCAUCUCCAGACCUGGCACCUCCUUCCACAAGUCAUGUCGAAAUCCCAGAAGAGUCUUCUUUAGAAGGAAUUGCAAGCAAUAUAAAGCUGUUGCUGAAACUAAUCCAAGAUCACAGUGAGGCAAGCACAAAGGAAAAUGAUGACCGGAAGGUGCAAAGGGUGGCCGGAAUGAUAAAGAUCAUCGAUGAUGCAAAAUCCCGGAUUGAAAAAUGUCAAUCUACUGGCAAGAAGAAGGAGCUCCGGCGAAGCAACACAGAUCUUAGGCCUAAUUUACCAAGGGACAGGAAGUCUCAGGAGCCGAUAUCCGAUGAGAAAGAAAGGCUGAGGAAAGAGCUCAACGCGAGCUUGGCGGCACGGAAGAGCCUGGAAAUCAUGUGUUCAAGUUUGGGAAAGGAGAAGGAGAUUAUGGCGUCGGAGCUUUCGAAAAAGGUUCAAGAAAUGUGUGGCAUGGAGGAGCUUAUCAGUGAUCUUAAAGCUCAAAACGAGAAGUUGUUGGGAAAAGUACAAACAUGUGUGGAAGAGCAUUUAGAGAAGAAGGGUGGUGGAAACAGGGGAGAGACUCAGAAGAAUGCAGGGCUCCAUGAGAGAAACAGAGCACUUUCAGAGCAACUGCUCAAGUCUCUUGAUGGGUAUCGAUCGUUGAAGAGGAAGUUCAAAGAUGUGAAAGAGGAAAACAUUGAAAUUCUUGCAACAAUGGAGGAAAUGGGGACGGAAGUCCAAGCUGGCCUUGACAGAGUACGUAGCUUCAGGCAACAGAUGGCCUCAAGGAAUGAAGAAGAAACAGUGGAUAUUGAAGAGAUUUCAGCACUGGAGCACAUGUUUGAAGGCUUUAACAUAAAGAUACUAAAGCAUGGGGAGCAAAAGAAGACCACUCCUCGUGUCAAACCCUAAUCUGAGAUCAAUGCCAGUGAGAUUUCUAUUCUUGCAUCACAAGAAAGGGGGAUCAUUGACUUAAAAAGUCAGACAUGCCUAAUCUGUAUGUUUGCUUUUUUUUUUCUUUUUUUUUUUUUUCC